UCUGGCUGCCUUCUCUUGGGAGUCACCUGUGGCUUCCUCAAUGAAACAACAACAGACUCCUGUGCGCAUGUACUGCUGUUUGGACCUCUCCACUUUCUCCAGCAGCUGGUUGGCUUCUGGGUGUGGAUAAGGAGAGAGGUUGGAGCUUUGGAACUACGGGUUUGCGGCAUCAUCCUGAGCGCCUUCGGCUCAGAAGGAGAUAUUAAUGUUAGCGUGAUGCACAUUUGCAACAGGAGAACAGUGUCAGAUUCCGCCUCAAGAUUCUGGGAUAUUCCUGCACUUAUUUAAAGGACAGAGGUGCUGCUGCAGAGAAAUGGCAGCUUCGCCCUCUAAGUCAACAUGCCCCUCGAAAAAGCGAGUGAAGAUUCACCCAAACACAGUGACUGUGAAAUAUACAGCACAUUAUCCGCAACCUGACGAAGACGGCUACGAAGACUCCUAUCAAGAUAUGGAAAAUUAUGUUGAAGACAACCCCCAAAAAAAACUUCUGAGUGACACCAAAAAACGAGGACGAUCAUUCUUUGGGACAAUUAAUGUUCAUCGGAGUUUUUCAGAUGAGCAGAAAGAUAAAGGCAUGGUACAGCAGACAGAAAAUGUUGGAGAGAAUAUAGUCUCAGCUCCAAGAAUAACCUGGGUGGCUUUGUUUGGAGCUGCGUUGGCCCAUGGUUGUGUUGCAUUAAUAACUAGACUUGCCGCUGAUCGGUCCAAAGUGCCGUCUCUGGAACUGCUGUUCAUUCGUUCUGUACUCCAGGUAUUUGCUGUUGUGGUUGUGUGCUAUGGCAGUGAGCAUCCUCUUGGACCCAAAGGAUACAGGAUGCGUCUGUUUCUUUAUGGGGUGUGCAAUGUCAUUUCCAUCACCUGUGCUUACACAUCAUUUUCAAUUGUACCCCCAAGCAAUGGGACCAUCAUGUGGAGGGCCACCACUACGGUCUUCAGUGCUAUUCUGGCCUUUCUACUGGUGGACGAACGUUUGGACUACACUGAUGUUGUAACAGUGGUCUGCAGCGUGUUUGGUCUUUGUCUAGUAAUGAUCCCCAAUAUCGUUGAUGAAGAUGAUUCAUUGAUGGGCAGAUGGAAGGAAGCCUUUGGCUAUACCAUGACAGUCAUGGCGGGAUUGACAACAGCUCUGGCCAUGAUUAUUUACAGAGCUAUCAAGGAGAAGGUUAGUAUGUGGACUGCCCUUUUCACCUUUGGAUGGACAGGUACAGUGUGGGGUGUAUCUACAAUGUUUAUCUUGCAAGAGCCUAUUAUACCGUUAGAUGGGGAAACCUGGGGAUAUCUAUUGGGGAUUUGUAUUUGUUCUACUGUGGCAUUCUUAGGUGUCUAUUAUGCAUUGAAUCAAUUCCACCCAGCAUUAGUUAGUACAGUUCAACACUUAGAAAUUGUAGUGGCCAUGAUUCUUCAGUUGCUUGUUCUCCAUAUGUUUCCAUCUGUGUAUGAUCUUAUUGGUGGAUCAAUAAUCAUCUUCAGUGUCUUUGCAUUGACUGGUUACAAGCUUUACUGGGUUAAUUGGAAUAAGAGGCAGGAUUACUUAGAGAUAAUAAAUUCCCCCAUCAAAUGACUGUUGUGAAAUAUUGGGGAAUUAAAUGUGAGCAAGCUACUUUAUGAGUGUCAAGUGUGCAAUGUUCUUUGGUAUUGUGAUGUCAGAAGAUGGUGUUACGUCUCAGUGUUUUGUGGAAUAAAAUGUGCCGCAGAUAAUACCAAGUGUUUGUAUUUAUUAAUGAAAAUAACUUAUUGUAUAUGCAGAGCUGAGAGGAUAAAUCUUUUAUUAUCUUAGACUAGGAAACGAAUGCCAUGGAUAUUUCAUAAUAAAAGAUUAUGUUAACCCACUAUUUGGAAUCAUCACAUCUGUUUUAACUCAGAAGUACUGUAGGUAUGAUAACUUCUUUGUUCAUGGGUUUGUUUAAUACUGCAGCUCUAAUUCUAUUUUUGCA